AUGAGUCUCAUUAUGAGGCUAGCGCGCCUGUCCCGCGAUCCUCCACGCCUGUUAGUCCAACUGACGGCCGACACGUUGUCUCCACGCAUCAACACCGACUUUCCUUCUUCUAUAGGUCUGUCCGUCACGAUCAUUUGGACUACCCACGCCGUCAUGAACAUGCCCGCGAGUUCUAACAGAUUGAUCGUAAUGUCUGUCGUCUCCUUCAGUUGCGGCUUGCGUUUGAGCUCCGCAAACAACGAUGGUUCUAUCGUGUUUCUCCAGAAAGUCUUUAGUUCGGGACAGUAGCUGCCAAUCGCUGUGAAGCUAUCGUUUGAGAGGUAAAGCCGUGAAGGUGCUCGUUUUACGUACAGUAGGAACGAUUCGCUGAGGGACUCCCCUCGAAGUGCUCGANUUAGUCCAACUGACGGCCGACACGUUGUCUCCACGCAUCAACACCGACUUUCCUUCUUCUAUAGGUCUGUCCGUCACGAUCAUUUGGACUACCCACGCCGUCAUGAACAUGCCCGCGAGUUCUAACAGAUUGAUCGUAAUGUCUGUCGUCUCCUUCAGUUGCGGCUUGCGUUUGAGCUCCGCAAACAACGAUGGUUCUAUCGUGUUUCUCCAGAAAGUCUUUAGUUCGGGACAGUAGCUGCCAAUCGCUGUGAAGCUAUCGUUUGAGAGGUAAAGCCGUGAAGGUGCUCGUUUUACGUACAGUAGGAACGAUUCGCUGAGGGACUCCCCUCGAAGUGCUCGAGGCUGAUUGAGGGCCCACUUCCAGAAGGCGAUAUCGCCGUGGAACUCUCUACCCAAGUCCACAAGUCGUCGUGACCGUGUGUGGCUUGCGUAUGCAGACCCGAUAGGCGGAGCAGUUGCCACACGGAGUACCUACCAGCCCUGAUAACAUAAGUGAGGUUCCACCGUUUCCCUGUAAAGCUGAAAACUUCUUGAACGCUGGCCUUCUUCCUAUCGUGGGGCCAAUCUGCCUCUAGUAUGUUCCGAAUCGCGCUUACCCGUUCGGGUGUAGUUGCAAUUCUGCCAUCAUGCGUGUCUAUGAUGUACCCCAGGGCCUCUAUGUCCGUGUCCCAGUCAGUGCUCUUUUUUGGGGCGAGAAUGGGGGUUUCUCUCUUCUCCCUUGCCAAACAGUUUGACAUGGUCUGACGCUAGCGAGGCGGAAGUAAUGAGUGCCGAUUGGUCAGUGGGGUCAUGCUGUACCUUCGUGAGCAAGAAAUCGUCAACGUAGACCCUGGCCAAGAAAUCGUCCGCGGGUCCCUUGCCUCUAUGCGGUCUUACACCUGCCGACGAUGGUAUUGGGGUUGGGGUGCCUUUUUCCCAAGGAGGUUUUUUUUUCACGUGGGACAUCAUUGCGAUUCCUUCUGAUAGUAGUCUAGUGUUCGCGAGGGACGUGUUGAGGUGCGAGUGCUCUGCAGCGGAGGCUAACACACCCCACAAUCCUGGUGACGCUACCCAGCCAAAAGUCAGCCGUAGGUCCGCUACAAGCACGUCUCCUAUCACGUAGCAAAACUUGUGUGCAUGAUCUGGUGAUGUCCUCACAUUUCUGAACGCAGAGGUGACAUCAGCCUUGGUUACGAGGAUUCUCUUAUCACUACCAAUGUCCGCCAUCUUCCGAAUAAUACAUUGCUUCUCGUCUAGUGAGUGUAUGCUUGCCGCAAUAUGCUUCUCUGUACCUCGAGUCUAUCGGUCAGAGUUUUUGAAUUUUUUAACGAGAUUGUAUUUUUUGGACUCUCUAGGGCCGAAGGUUCUUUCCCCGCCCCAAAGUGAGAAGUCGCUGAAUUCGACCCGCAAUCAUGUCGCAUUACUUUUGUGAUGUCAGCAGCCCUAGCUGUGUCCGCCGUUAGAGCCCUACGUGCCAACAGUGCUUCCCCCGGGGUGUCCGCCCCCGGGAGAUCUUUUGACACGGUCAUGGUGUCCGCCAAUUCCGUGUCGUUCUCGCGAAUGGUGUCCGCCAAUCGAGGCUGUGCGACUGACAAAUUCUUAAACAGGGUCCGGCCUGUGGAUGUCCUUCUGCACACUACUGUUGUCCGCCAGUAUUUUUUGUUUACCGACAACGCUCGCGGCGUCCACCGCUUGCGUGCCGCGGGGCCAAUUACAUUCGCCCGGGGUGUCCGCCCCCGGGGCGACUGCAUUGCAGUGUUCAGCACGUGUGGUGUCCGCCACAGUCUUCGUGGUGUACAAGGCAGAGCAGUAAUUUAUCCCGCUAUUGGUGUACGCCAAUAGGUAUUCCGUUAGUGAGUUUUUCGCGGGAACGGCGUCCACCAUUUGCGAGAGUGAGGGUAAUGCAUGUUCACACCGCGUGACUNCGUGUGGUGUCCGCCACAGUCUUCGUGGUGUACAAGGCAGAGCAGUAAUUUAUCCCGCUAUUGGUGUACGCCAAUAGGUAUUCCGUUAGUGAGUUUUUCGCGGGAACGGCGUCCACCAUUUGCGAGAGUGAGGGUAAUGCAUGUUCACACCGCGUGACUGCCCGGUGUGUGUCAGUAUUCGCACGAUUGGUGUCCGCCAAUAGUUUUGACUUAUUCAUCACCCGUGCGGUGGCCUCGGCUUGUGUGUUAUUUGACCCGUACUGAGCGCCGAGGGUGUCCGCCCCCGUAGCUAUUGUUUUUGACGUUUCGGCGUGAGUGGUGUCCGCCACUAUGCGAGGCGAAAACGAAUCCAAACAGUUAACAGUAUGGGAAAUUGCAGGUCGUGCCCGACCACGUGUAGAAGCACUCGUUGUCGGGAGUGUGCCAGGCAGCGACGAUCUGUGCAAACGCGGUGGCGGCUGCCGUGGAAGCGGAUGGGACUGGGGCAACGGGGGUGCGUGCAGUAGCCUUGCGCUUGGUGCUCGCGGACGACGGUUUGGACGGUUGUUGACGGGCUAGACCCCCCUGCAGGAGGCCCACCAUCGAAGAAGCCGUACCCUCUGCAAUCAGGACCAACGUCCUUGAGAACUGCGGGACUUGGAUCGCCCCCACCGUUUUAGGGGGUGGGGGGGCGAGGGUAUUGCGCUGCCGGAGCGCCCUAGAAACGGUGGUCAGACGACUGACGAAAUCGGCCCAAUCGAGGUUGGCGUCUGGCUUGAACCUGGUGAAGACGUCGGCCUCGGGACCCUUGAACUCGGCGCAGUGGCGGGACGAGUACCGGCGGAGGUCCUCGGAGAUCCUGAAGAGUUCCCGGAAAACCAGGCCAACUCGGUCGGCCCCGGCCGCAGGGGCGCCCGAUAUGCCGUCCUUGAUGAAAGCUUCCAGGCGCGAAUGAAGGUGUUGAGAUGCACGUCGAACGUGCGUGUCACCGCCGCUACCCCCGGGGGGCGCGGCGGCGAGAACGCCGCGAUGUCGAUGGCGCUGAAGGUAAGCAGCGCGUGCAGGCCCGGGUGCGGGUGGGCCACGUCCCGGAUGAUGUGGUCGAACUCGCCCCCCGUCAUGACGAUAGGCGAGAAGGUAGCGCCUCGCAUUAGGUACAGGGCCGCUUGGCCGUCCUUUUCCCACGUACGGCCCUCCAGCUUUUGGGCUUCUUUCAGCCGAUGGGCAUUGUAUACAGGCGCGGCGCCUGGGAUGCUCGCGAGCUGUUGG